UCAACAUAUAUAUACAUACUGAAAUCUAUCAUUGGUAUAUAUAUAUAGAGAGAGAGAUCGAGAGUGAUCAAGAUCGAAAUUAUGGAAGGCAGUGUUAAGAAACCCUACUUGGUUGUUCUGGCAAUACAGUCUAUAUAUGCAGGCAUGUUCUUGCUGUCCAAGGUUGCUUUUGACGUUGGGAUGAACGCCUCUGUGUUUGUGUUCUACAGACAGGCCGCCGCCACUGUGUUCCUGCUUCCCAUCGCUUUGCUUGUCGAACGGAAAACUGCGCCCCGCCUCACCUUCACCACUUUCUUCAUGAUUUUCAUGCUCUCUCUCAUUGGGAUUACGAUUAGUUUGAACAUCUAUGGCGUGGCCUUAAAAUAUACUUCUGCAACUUUGGCUGCUGCGACUACUAACAGCCUUCCAGUCGUUACUUUCCUCCUUGCCCUUUUGUUCAGGAUGGAAAGGGUGGAGUUGCGAUCGGUUGGUGGAAUAGUGAAGGUGUUGGGCAUAGGUCUAUGCAUGGGAGGAGCAGCCACCAUUGCCUUCUACAGAGGACCAACCAUGAGGCUGUUGAUGCACCACCACCUUAUCAAUCACCAUGACCAACACCUUCAAGUUAACCCUUCUUCUGGCCAAGCAUGGGUGAAGGGUGUAUUUCUCAUGCUCCUUGCCAACACUUGCUGGAGCUUAUGGCUUGUCGUGCAGGGCCAUGUUCUGAAAGCUUACCCUUCCAAGCUUCUGUGCACAACUCUUCAAUGCUUUAGCAGCACCAUUCAAUCAUUCGUUGUAGCCAUUGCUUUGGUGAGAGACCCCAGGGAGUGGCAGCUCGGAUGGAAUGUCAAACUACUAUCUGUUGCUUAUUGUGGAAUUGUAGUGACUGGGGUUACGUUUUACUUGCAAGCUUGGGUGGUUGAGAAGAAAGGUCCACUUUUCCUAGCAAUGACUACACCUUUGGCAUUGAUCAUCACCAUUGCUACAUCGGCUUUGCUUUUGGGAGAGAUUAUUAGUUUGGGAAGCAUAUUGGGAGGAGUGUUGCUGGUUGGAGGACUAUACAGUGUUUUAUGGGGAAAGAACAGAGAGCACAAAAUCGAAACAGAUAUCACUUUCGUAGAUGACAUUGAGAAGGCAGCAAGCGAGCCAACGAAGGCGGUAGAGAUCACAGCAGUCAAAAACCCCGCACCUUAAUCAAGGAACUCAAAUGUCCAGAAUGCCUAAACCGGUUGAAGAAAUGAAUUCGCACUAGAAUAGUAGUGAAAUCUUUAGAUAAUUAUGUGGAUGGUCCGAAUUGGGCCCAGUUGAGCCAGCAAUGUAAUGUUUAUAUAAUUAUUUGAUGAAUA